UUAUGUUACAGUUUAAUGCGCCCUGGCGCGAAAAGGCGCGCACCAGAAGGUGAGCGCACAUGAGCGAACAAUUGUUCGUUUGAGUCAGUCACCGAAUAAUAACUGUGAAAAAAGCUAGCCCACCGACAGAAGAGUAAGGGGGGAGCUAUAAUGUCUAAUCUCGCCCCCUGCCAGGGGAACACGCGGAGGUCUUCAGGUGUGGCACGUGGAAAUAGACCACCGGAUUUGGAGCUGUCGGAAACCACGUUUAGCGCGCCUGAACCGGGGACAGCAGUGGGCAGCGACAUGUUUUCUGAAAGCGACAAAAUGCCAGAGGACGGUAACACCCGCACCGAGGUCCCCCCGGUUCACCUCCACCCGUACUUAUCUCAUCCUCGGAUGUCUAUGCGGAUGUCGGUGUACAGCACCGGGGUCCGACCGGUGCUCACCCGCGCCUACAUCCAAGGACGCGUGUAUAACUUUCUGGAAAGGCCGUCUGGCUGGAAAUGCUUCGUGUAUCACUUCACAGUGUUUCUCAUCGUUCUGGCCUGUCUGAUCCUGAGUGUCCUCUCUACCAUCGACCAGUACCAGGACCUGGCUUACACAACACUCUUCUGGGUGGAGAUCGUCCUUGUUGUGUUCUUCGGUGUGGAAUAUUUCGUCCGCCUCUGGUCAGCAGGCUGCCGCAGUAAAUAUGUUGGCAUCUGGGGCCGACUGCGCUUUGCCAGGAAGCCAAUAUCUAUUAUAGAUCUGAUUGUAGUUGUUGCCUCAAUAAUUGUGCUGUCGGUUGGCUCCAAAGGCCAAGUGUUUGCCACCUCUGCUGUAAGAGGGAUUCGCUUCCUGCAGAUCCUGCGUAUGCUUCAUGUUGACCGACAGGGAGGAACGUGGCGUCUACUGGGCUCUGUUGUCUUCAUCCAUCGGCAGGAGCUGAUCACCACCUUAUACAUCGGCUUCCUGAGCCUGAUCUUCUCCUCGUACUUUGUCUACCUGGCAGAGAAAGAUGCGGUCGACAGCAGCGGCUCCGUCGAGUUUGGAAACUACGCUGAUGCUCUGUGGUGGGGAGUGGUUACCGUGACGACCAUCGGCUACGGAGACAAAGUGCCACAAACCUGGAUUGGAAAGACCAUUGCGUCCUGUUUCUCAGUCUUCGCCAUUUCCUUCUUCGCCCUGCCCGCAGGAAUCUUAGGCUCGGGCUUCGCCCUGAAGGUGCAGCAGAAGCAAAGACAGAAACACUUCAACAGACAGAUCCCUGCAGCUGCUUGCCUCAUUCAGACUUCAUGGAGAUGUUUUGCAGUGGAGAACUUUGAUUCGGCCACAUUCAAGAUGUUUUUGAAGAAGCGAUCCAACAUUCCCGCCUCGUCUUUGACCUCCCCCAAGCCCAAGAAAUCGGUGAAGAUAAGGAGGAAGUUGAAGAGCACCGACAAGGACAACGGUCUGACUUCUCCCACAGUUCCCAGCAUCACCUUCGACUCUGUGUUUGACAGUGGGAAGGAGCUGAGUUCGGAUGUUUACAGCACUGUGGGCACAGCAGCUGGAUCCCACACUCUGGGAGGAUGUGAUCGCGAGCAGUCCUGGACGUCUUUAUCUUCCCUGCAGUUCAGCUCGCCACCUCCAGUAAAAAGAAACCCUUGCCUCUUGGAUGUCCACUCCCCCGGCCCCCUCCGGAGGAACUGCAGCUUUGCAGACGACCUGGAGCUGGAGGCAGAGCGAGACAGUGAACUGGCUCCUGCCGCCUCAGUGUCACAAUUGACAGAGUCGCACCGAAAAGCCAUCCGGGUGAUCCAGAGAAUGCGCUAUUUUGUGGCCAAGAGAAAUUUUCAGCAAGCUCGUAAACCUUACGAUGUGCGAGAUGUGAUCGAGCAGUACUCCCAGGGUCACCUCAACCUCAUGGUGCGAAUCAAGGAGCUGCAGAGAAGACUGGAUCAGUCUUUAGGGAAGAUAACUUUGUUCCAGACGGGCUCAGACAGAGCCAGAGACAAAGGCACCAACUCCAUCGGGUCCAGACUCAACAGGAUGGAGGACAAGAUAACACACAUGGACCAGACGCUGAACCGCAUCGCAGAGUCCCUGGGCUUCCUGCUGGACCAGAGGGACACCGGUGGGAGCGAAGUCGAGUGCGAGGGUGGCGGCAGGCCGAGGCCACGGCUGGGACGGACCUCUCAUGUCCUCCCCAGCCAGGACAGUCUGCCAAGCUACGACCAGCUGUCUUCAUCACCUUCGUCCUUCUCCUCCAACACAGCGGCCGGCCCCAACACCAACCCCCCCCUCAGCACCACCGCCAGUCAGGAUGAGAGCUGCUGAGACCUGACGCCAAACAGUAUCUAUCUAUCUAUCUAUCUAUCUAUCUAUCUAUCUAUCUAUCUAUCUAUCUAUCUAUCUAUCUAUCUAUCUAUCUAUCUAUCUAUCUAUCUAUCUGAUCAAUGCAGCAAAUAUUGAUUGGCAGAUCUUGCAGCUGCUGAAUGUUGGCAUCAUGAUAUUUAUGUGUGUGUGAUAUAUGGGACAAGUGUGGAAGAGAAACAACAAUUCAACACUGCAAAGAAAUGAUUUCCCCGUUGGAUUGUUGUGUAGUAGUUAUAAUAAUAAUAAUAAUAAUAAUAAUAAUAGUAAUAAUGAUAAACUUUA